UACGAUAAAAAGAUGAACAAAAAAGAAUUUUGUGUCCAGAUCGUCCAGAGUCUGGAGAAUGUGUGGAACGAGAACAUUUUAUUUGACUUCGCUGUGAAAGUUCAGGAUGAAACCAUCCAAUGUCAUCGACUCAUCCUAGCGGCGUGUUCAGAAUUUUUUAAGGCAUGUUUUCGUUCUGGGAUGAGAGAGGUCACGGAAAACUGUCUAGUCCUAAAAGAUGUGUCGAGUGAAGUUUUCCGUCUAAUCAUCAAUACUAUUUACACUGGAACAAGUCUGUUAACCGUAGAAAAUUUUAUUGAAGUGUGGCAAGCAGCUCAUAUGCUACAGGUUAAACUGAUGGUUAAUGUUUGUGAGGAGUUUGCUAUCAGAUCAUGUUCAUUGGACACAUGGGAAAACAUUUAUCUACAUGCAAAGCGUUUUGGUUCAUAUUUAGUGCUAGAUAAACUCCAUACAUUCAUGUUAAAAAACUUUGAAAAAAUUAGAUUUUCAACAACAUUUCUACAGCUUUCUUUCGAGGAAGUUCUGGAUUUGAUUAAAAGCCAAGAUCUCGUUGUCAGUAAAGAAGAUUUAGUUCUUGAAUCUGUGAUACAAUGGGUUGAAUAUGUUGACGGAAAUCAGCUAAAUCAGAUUUUAAAUGAGGAUCAUAACUAUACAAUAAGCUUUAACGACGUAAAUACUGAUAUCAAUUUAUUCAGUGAUGAAGCGAAGAAAUUUAAAGAAAGUGAGGAUGAACUUCAUCAUAAUAAUUGCUUACAGAAUUCAAAUAAGACUGAAAUUACAGCAGUGCAAGAAGUAACUACUACUCAUUCAACUAAUCCUUUAAAGUCUUCUAGAAAAGUUAAACUUACAGAACUGUUAAUGCAAGUCAGAACCUGCCUGGUCAGUCAUGCUGCUUUAUAUCGAGUUCUUAAGUUGAGACUGUUUUCUGAAAUUGAACAUUCGAGAGAAUUGAUUCUGGACGCCAUGUCAUAUCAGAUCCAAAAGUUUAGACACGGUCAGUGGUCGUCCGCGGCUACACACAGAUCUUGUAGUGAGUACACAAAUGCUGGAAUUUAUGUUUAUGGUAGUGGGAUUUUUAAUAUAAUAACCGCUGAAAAAGAACACCAGUUUACAAUUACACAAUGCAGAUAUUUGAAAAAGAACAUUCAACUCGUUACUUUUGAUGGUGAACUUUAUGCUGCAGGAACUGAAGAACAAAACCCAGAUUGUCGAAUGUUUGUAUUCUCUGACAAAAGCUGGAGAAAAGUCAUGGAAAUGCCAAGUCACAAUUUGUUAUUAGUUUCACACGGAGAUUUUAUUUACAUCAUAAACAAAAACAACAAAGUAAUAUUUAACAUCAAUCCAAAAAAGAGGGAACCAAAUUUAGAAAAAAUUACAGAUCUUCCUUCAAAUGAUGUUGAUGUAGAGCUUGCAAUUAUUCUGGAAAAUUUUCUUUUGUUAUUUUGCACUGAAUUGGUUAACGGUAUAGAGAAAACGGCCGUUCAUAAAUUUGAGAUUUUGUCUAAAGUUUGGACCAGAUUAGAAACCCUUGAUGGACCAGCUGAACAGCUGAUUAGUUUUAAAAAUGACAAACACAACUACAUUUUACAGACAAAUGGCAGUUUGUGGCAGGUAGAUUACACAUCUGGCACCGGUAGUGUCGAAUUUAAAUUUCUUGUCAAACUUUGGAAUUUUAGAAAGCAGCUGUAUGGUGCGUUAACCUUUCAGAGUAAACUAAUAAUUUUGGGAAACUCAAACCGUAGAGACCCGCCUAAUGGAAAAAAAACAUACGAGCUACCUGAGCACUUUACGAGAAUAUCAUAUUGGGGAAAUGACUCGUGCAAAUCAAGUUUUGUUCCUAUCACAAUAACAAAAAGUGGGUUUUCCCCUUAAUCAAGCUUUUCCAAGAAUUUUCCACUCAAAAACAAAAUCUAUCUUUUUAAAAUAGCGUUUUAAUAUCUAUAUUUGAUCAUCUUCUAACACAUCAUUUUAGGUGUUUAUGAUAUUAUUUUAUAUACAAUAUGUAAGCAAAAACAUAUAUUUACAUAGACAUUUUAUGAAUAUUUUAAAAUACACCCAAUACAUGUAAACUGUCUAA